AUGUCAAGCCCAGGCGGCCGUUUGAUUCCGUGUGGAGAAGUCGCUGCGCACAACUCGUCCCACGACUGCUGGAUUGUCGUCGCCAACGAGGUGUGGGACGUGACGGAGUUCUUGUCGGCGCAUCCGGGCGGCGCUGCGAUCAUCCUGCAGUUCGCUGGCCGAGACGCAACGAAAGCGUAUGCAGAUAUCCAUGCGCCCAGCGUUCUGCGAGACAACCUCGCCGGCGACAAGUUCAAAGGCGAUCUGGACCCGGCCACGGUCGACAGCGAAUGGCUGAAGACACCGCCGGAACAGGACCCUGCAGUGGCCGUGAGCGAUCAGAAACCGCCUCUCACGACGCUCAUCAGCGCCCAUGACUUCGAAGAAGUCGCCUCGAGGACCGUCGCCCGCAAGACCUGGGCGUUCUACUCCAGCGCCUCCAACGACCUGAUUACUCGCGAUGCCAACAAGUCAUUCCUCAACCGCAUCUUUAUGCGGCCCCGCGUCCUGCGCAAUGUUCGGCAAGUGAGCACGCGCACCAGGAUCCUCGGCUGCGACGCGAGCAUGCCGCUGUUCGUCAGCCCGGCCGCCAUGGUCAAGCUGAUCCAUCCCGAUGGCGAGCUGGGCGUCGCCAGAGCCUGCGACUCCAAGAACGUUGUGCAGGCCAUAUCCAACAACGCGUCGUACUCGAUGAAGGACAUCACCGCCGCCGGCCCCGGCGCGGACUACUUUUUCCAGCUCUACGUGAACUGGGACCGCAGUAAGUCCGAACUCCUGCUGCGCGAAUGCUCCGCGAACCCGCGGAUCAAGGCCAUCUUUAUCACCGUGGACGCUGCGUGGCCGGGCAAGCGCGAGGCCGACGAGCGCGUCCGCGCGGACGAGAAUCUACGAGUCGCCAUGGUCGAUGCGACCACGAAAAAUGACAAAAAGGGCGGUGGGCUAGGUCGCAUCAUGGCGACGUCGAUCGAUCCGGGUCUGUCGUGGGAGGAUCUGGUUUGGGCCCGCAAACACACUCAUCUCCCGCUGGUGCUGAAGGGCGUGAUGAGCGCCGACGAUGCCAUUCUGGCCAUGGAGGCGGGCAUGGAUGGCAUUCUGCUGAGUAACCAUGGCGGCCGCAAUCUCGAUACUAGUCCUCCGCCGAUCAUCACUCUUCUCGAGCUGCAUAAGCGUUGCCCGGCAGUGUUUGAUAAGAUGGAGAUUUUCGUUGACAGCGGGAUUCGCCGUGGAACGGACAUUCUGAAGUGCAUAUGCCUUGGGGCCACGGCUGUGGGUCUGGGCCGGAGUGUGCUCUUCGCGGCAAACUAUGGACAGGAGGGUGUCGAGCAUUUAUUUGACAUUAUGAAAGACGAAUUAGAAGGCGCUAUGAGACUUGUCGGCAUCACGUCUCUGGACCAAGCCGGACCUGAGCUGGUCCACACUGGAGAUAUCGACCACUUAGUACCCGACUCUGUAAACCACCCGUACGCGAGAAGCCCCGCCCGACGUCUAUCAGCGACGAAAUUAUGGACGCCAAAGGCCAGGCUGUAG